AUGCGGCCAACUUCGAUUGUCAUGUUGCACCUUGACCGGAUGAGUGUUCAAUGGGGGGCUAACCACCAAAGACAGACCACCGUCGCAUUGUCCGUAAGACAAACCAGCCAGGACCAUGGUUCUACAUCGACAUGCUGCCUGCUUUCCCUCGACAAUCGGCUUGAGUCCCGAAUAGAAACAUCCCUCCUGUUUCUCCGCCACCUCAUCGAACUUCAUCUGAUCCUAUUUGCUCGAGAAGUUGACUCGGUUCAGUGGUUCAUACUCCAGAGAGAUGGUUACCAGGGAUUGACAGCUUCUGGAAACAUGGAUUUCUGGGGUUCUGGCCGGCCUUCCCGAGACGAGUCCUUGGCUAUCCAUGCUAACCGCCUGUCGGGGCACAUCGCCGAAACCUUCCCGAAUGACGCUUAUGAUGUUCGCGAAUCCAGUGACGAAGAAUUAAAACGCCCGGAACCGUUCCAUGUCAUGAGCUUCUGCCGCGACCACCCUAAUUUGGAUCAGAAGAAACGGAAUCUCGACUGA